AUGUAUCCGACGAUAGCCAGGCUGUCCAAAGCGUCCAGGGCGCCGCUGACGGGAAAGAAGGCCAACAAGGACUUCUAUAAAGGCACGAGACAGGCUUUUCUCCCUGGUGGACAUCGAACGGGGGCACCUGGAAAACAUGUCGUUGGCGGUAAGGCCAAGUACAGGCUCAUUGACGAAAAGGUCAGGGUGUUUGUGGCACCACCAAUAGAGACCAUUAACUCGUCGCCACUCAAGCCAUACGUCUCAGUUAAGGUCAAUCUCACCAAAGAGGAGGAAAGGCUGCCAUAUGGACGAUUCAGACACGCCGAAGGAUUGACGCCUGAGCAUUUCCUCCGAGUUUCCAGAGAACGAUAUCGCAUGGAACAAAUGGGUCGCGAGUUCCUCGGUGCCAAAGCGCCUUCAUGGUUGAAUGCUCUGCAGAAGGUUGAAAAGAAGAGAGGAACACCAGUACUACCUCCAAAGGCACCAACUCCCGCCGCAACGGCCUGAUUGUGCCUUCUGUCUCUAGAUUCAUACUGUACUUCUUAAUUAAUACCCUCGCGAGGGCCUGCAACAUGCUUCGUGAGCUUCA